AUGUCGCAGGCCCGGAUAUCCAAAGCACUUAAACAUCUAUACCGUCUUUCUACACAGCGUGGUCAACUCGCAAUAACGCAUUCAAUACCAAAGAAACCUCAGGCUCUCCAAUUUCAACGGAGUAUAUCUACCACAAUCCCUAGGCAUGCCGCCCUUGCUACAUCCCUACCAACUCAGCCGACUGUCGUUUUGCACUCACCGUCACCAGAACAUAUUGAGAAAGAGGAAUUGGACAUUGAAUUGCUGCCACUUGAACAGGUGAAGCUUGAAAUAACGGACCGGGCAGCGGAGCAAUUAAGAAAAAUUUCUGAACGAGAGAAUAAUCAAAAUUCUGCACUCAGAAUAUCCGUCGAGUCUGGUGGAUGUCAUGGAUAUCAAUACAAAAUGGAUUUAGCCAAAGAACGGUCUCCGGAUGAUUAUCAAUUCAGUCAUCCAAGCAUAAAACCUUCCAAUAUACUCGUUGAUGCAGUUUCUUUAUCAUUGCUCAAUGGUUCGACAAUUGAUUUCGCGACCGAAUUAAUUGGAAGCAGCUUCCGCGUAGCACACAACCCGCAGGCAAAAGGAAGUGGUUGCGGGUGUGGUGUAAGCUGGGAGUUAAAAGAAUGA